AUGGCGCAAGGCACGAUUGUAGAAGACCCUCCUAGCUACGACAGAAGCCGCCCGCUUCCGUCUGUCGAGCUUGCCUAUCAAUAUCAAUUACCAAACUGCCCCGGAAAGUCCUCCAUCGGUUUGAAGGUCACCUUUCCUCCGAAUGCUUCAACCCCUCCUCACCGGCACGCGGGAGCGUCAGUGUCCGUGCUGGUACUCGAAGGCACUGUGCUAAACAAAAUGAACGAAGAGCCAACCCGGACAUUCACAAAAGGAGGAAGCUUCUUCGAGGCUCCGAGAUGUCACCAUAAGGUCAGCGACAAUUACAGCACAACGGAGUCAGCUGUGAUUCUUGCGACACUGGUCGUUGACACCGAGGUUGUAGAAAGAGGAGGGAUCGCAGCUCUGACAGUCUUUGAUGAGGAGUACAGAGAUAUUCAAUUUUAG